GGUUACCAGUGGGAGUAGGGCUCAGAUUCAGCUUCGACGUCUACAGGAUAAUCAGUACCUACCAUAACUUUUAACAAGCGUCAAAAUGGUUCUGCGAUCACUCAGAACAGCCCUCUUCCCCCUCUUUCUCCUUUCAGAGGUCUCUCUAGGAUUAUUGGCAGGACCACCCAGACAUAAGCAUGAGAUCCGUGACAUUCCUAGCGCCCUAACCAGCACUCAAAUCGAGAAUGAAACCACACAAUACUACUAUACCGAUUCUUACUCCUCCCUCCCACCAUUGUGGCCACCGCGACCAACACCACACAGCUCAACGACGACGACGACGACAUCAACAGAAUCCAAUCCAUACCCUGACACCGAUUCCUACACCCCUAGCAGCUGGAACUUGAGCACACCUAGCACCACUUGGAGUUGGACCAGCUACUCCGACACGUACACCACUGCGCCCUCGAACAUCACGACACCUACUACCACUUGGAACUUUACGGUCCCCUAUACCACCUGGUCAAGCUACUCGGAUACCUGGGGGGACCAUAACACCUACCCAACACCCAGCAGUCCUGUCACAGAUCAGACCACGACCAUCUUCGUGAUCAAGACCCUCACUUCCUUCACCACCGCCGUCGUGUCCAGGACUGUCAAGCGGUCUACAAAACAGCCAAUCACAACAUCCAAGUCUUUUACAUUCAAAACCACCCCGUUUGUCAACCUGACGACGUUUACCUCCCCCAAGUGGACGACGGUGCCCAUUGCUUCGCUGACGGGAACGCCGUUUUGUUCGAACGCGGCGGACCCGCAAAAUGGAGUGGGAAAUCAUUGUGUUUGUGAGAAUGGGGAGACGGUGGGUGUAAUUCCUUUUAGUGAAGGGGGGAAUGCUAGUGACUAUCAGCCUUGUGCUUAUACUACUGUUGGGUAGAGAAUGAAAGGGGCCGGUGACGGGAGUGAUGGUUGGGACAUUGCGACGGGGAAGAGUUCAGAAUGGAGCUAUAGGAUGUGAGUUUUAGAAAUUUCUUCAACAAGGUCCGCUGGCUCAAUGGCAGAGCGUCUGACUACGAAUCAGGAGGUUCCAGGUUCGACCCCUGGGUGGAUCGAGUUAUCUUUUCUUUUUGCCCUUUUUUUUCCCCCUUCCCUUAUACCACCAUCACCAUAGUACAACCACAUUAAUCUUUGUUGACACCAUCUAUUUUUUUGCUUGGAUCUGCGGCAGAGCAUUCAACCAAGACUGUGACACCCAAACGUCGUGCACAUCGUCGUUAGCCCUCCGUUCGAACAAAGCGCAGAUAGUGGAGCAACCGUCCUCUCUAAAACCCACUUUUCAGG